GCCGGCGCUGCUGGAUGACGUCGGCAGCGUGCGACGGGACAGGCUCCGGAGCUGGCAGCGGCGGAUGGUGGACGGAGAUGGUGGAGUCCACGGAGCAGAGCGGCGGGUUCGCCGGGUGUCCGGGGACGGGGAGGGGGAGGUGUUGGUGGCGGCUCGCCGUGCUCCUGUUGUCGGCGUCGUCCCUGCCGGCGGUCACGGCGCUGGUGGAGGGUCUGUACUGCGGCACGGAGGUGUGCUACGACGUGCUCGGCGUCACCCGGGAGGCCCCCAAAGCGGAGAUAGCCCGGGCUUACCGACAGCUGGCCCGCCGGUACCACCCGGACCGGUUCCGGCCCGGGGAGCCCGGCUCGGAGGGAGAGACCCAGGAGACCGCGCACAAGAAGUUCCUGCUCAUCGCGACCGCCUACGAGACGCUUAAGGAUGAGGACACACGCCGGGACUACGACUACAUGCUGGACCAUCCUGAGGAGUACUACCAGCACUACUACGCCUACUACCGCCGACAGCUCACCCCCAAAGUGGAUGUCAGGGUCGUCAUCCUGGUCACCAUCUGUGCCAUCUCCAUCUUCCAGUAUUACAGCUGGCACAGCAGCUACAACGAGGCCAUCAACUACCUGGUGACGGUCCCCAAAUAUCGAAUCCAGGCCACGGAGAUCGCCAAGCAGCAGGGCCUCCUCAACCGGACCAAGGAGAAGGGCAAGAACCGGCGGUCCAAAGAGGAGAUCCGGGAGCAGGAGGAGGAGGUGAUCCGAGACAUCAUCAAGAACAAGAUCGACAUCAAAGGAGGCUACCAGAAGCCCAACCUGUCGGACAUCCUGCUGUGUCAGAUCGUGCUGUUUCCUUAUUAUCUGACCAACUACGUGGCCUGGUACGUCUCCUGGGUUUACCGAUUCACCAUCUGCAGGGAGGACUACGGCGACCAGGAGAAGCUCUACAUCAUCAGGAGGUACAUGAAGAUGUCUCAGUCUCAGUUUGACAGUCUGGAGGAAAACACCAAACAGACCUUCCUGGAAAAACAGCUCUGGAUCAAAGAAAACUAUGAGGUGUACAGAAAAGACCAAGAGGAGGAGAUGAAGGUGAAGAUGGCGACCGACCCGAGGAUGAAGAGGUACCGGCGCUGGAUGAAGAACGAGGGACCGGGCCGGCUGACGUUCAUCGACGACUGACGGUGCCGAGAUCCGUCCACAACGUUCACACCUGCCUCAGUGCCGAGACACACGGACGCCAAACGCCGCUCCGUGUGGAGAAAUGCCUGUACAGAAAGAUUACCUAUGCCUGUUUAUAUAGUGAGAGAUAUUUUCAUAGCGACCAGGCACCAGUGGAAUGAACUGCGAGCCAAGGCUUCAGGUUUUUCAGUCGUAUUUUUUUAGCUUUUUUUUCCCCCUCGAUCCACGUCCACAUCGCUCUAAAAUGAAGUUUAAUGAAGAUUCUGUCAUUUUCUUCAGCUGGUUUUUUCUUUAUUUCCUGCAGAUUGAUCAGUAAAUUUGGUGCCUAUGUUCUUGCGAGAUGGUUUUUGGUUGGAAGAGUAACCGGACGGCUACCGGUUUGAUUUGUGCCGUGGCCCAAAGUGUCCUUGGGCGAGGCAGCGACAAGCCAUCAGAAAAACAGCCAACUGAGAAGCUGGUCUGUUCAUGGAAGAUGGUGUAAACAGGUUCUGUCCUCCGGGACGUCGUCGAAGCUUUUUCUAUCAGAAAAACAAGAGACAAAAGCAUUUCUGACGCUUGCAUCAAUCAAACAGUGUUAUUGUGUAAAUGGAAGCCAAAGUCAUCUGUAAAUUCAUCACCCCAGGACUCUAAUCGUGGUUUCUGCUGCGUCUCUUCAGAAGUUCAGGAGGCUGCUUUACUGUUUAUUGCUUUUUAAACAACUCGGUUCAUGUUAUUUAUUGUUUGACAUUUCAUUUGUCUUUUUGGUGUUGAGGCGGCAUUAAAGUCAAACUGAUUCAACA